AAUUGAACUUGCAGUGCCAAGAUGCCGUAUUAUCCAGGCACGCUCAGCAGUCCCUGUCCUGUGCAACUGAAGAAAGGUGAAAAGCAGACAUUCCCCACUCUGCAUGGAUCGAGCUUUUCCUCUCUCUGCCCUCUUGUUGCACAGCCUGUCAGACCGGAGCCAUUAGGAGCCAUCCAGCAACCCCUAUUCAAUCUCACCCACCCCUUAAGGAAAAAGAGCAGUGACAGAAAUGACAAAGCACAUUACCCUGGAAAUCUCUUGGGUCUGGGUAGCAGUAUCUCUAGCCAGGCUCCUCUGAGGCUUGUCUGACCCAACCUCCAACGUAAUCCUUUACUUCUUACAGAUACAAGGGAUAAAGCAGCACUACAUGACUACAUCCAAAUGGCUGUCCUCUGAGAUGGGAGUAUCUUCUCUUUCAGCCAUGUCACAGCCCAGAGUAGAAGGCUGCAUCCCUGCGAGAUAAGAAUGCCAGAUACCUCACUGACCCAUAAGUUAAUAUACCGGGGCAUCAGAUGAGGGAGACGGAGUCAGGGAAUCAGAAUGAUUACAGAAGUGUGGGGCAUAGCUGUCUUACCUCAAAAGUUUUCAGUCCUCACGGGGAAGCAGACAUUACUUAGAGAAGAAAAAACCCCUCUGUGUGGUAACUGCCUUCCGUCCAAUGGGAAUGAUACCAUCUCUACCUAACCAUCACUGCACUCCCCCAGAGCCUCUCAGAAAUCCCAGCCUGGAGUUUUUUCAGUAGCUCUUAGAUUUCUCUUCACCCUGAGGACAAGAUUUUAGAAUGGGGGAUGGGAGGAUGUUCCUGGGCACACUGGAGAGAAUAAAGCAGUGCUAUGCAUGUUCUUCACUCCCUUUCAGGAUGGCAGCAAGAUACCCUUCCAGCUACCCAUGGAUAAGGAUGCAAUCUAGUCUGGCUGAUAGGAAACCUCGGAGAAUUGAAAUUCUCCUUUCUUCACCAGUUCCUGGCCCUUUGCUUCCUAAAGCCCUGUCAUUUCAGCUCUGACACCAAGGCGAGAGACUGGGAGAUCUACAAAUAACGUCUGGGUAGCCGGUGUGAGUACAGAGGGUAUUGGGGGGGCUUAGCCCCCAAGGAAGAGGACCAGUCCUCCCCCAGCACCACCAUCAAGACCCCAGGGGCUCCCUCUUCCCUCCACAGACUGUGGACUGACUUAGGGAAUCCCAAACGAUGACAGAAAAGGAGGUGCUGGAGUCCCCUAAGCCCUCCUUGCCAGGAGAGACUCGGCAAAGUGGGCUACAGCGGCUGAAGCAGUUAUUCAGGAAGGAGUCUCCAGGAACAAAGGAAAUGGAGCUUCCCCCAGAGCCCCAGGCCAAUGGGGAGGCAGUGGGAGCUGGUGGGGGGCCCAUCUACUACAUCUAUGAGGAAGAAGAGGAAGAAGAAGAGGAGGAGGAGGAGCCCCCCCCAGAACCUCCUAAGCUUGUCAAUGACAAGCCUCACAAAUUCAAAGAUCAUUUCUUCAAGAAGCCCAAGUUCUGUGAUGUCUGUGCCCGGAUGAUUGUGCUCAACAACAAAUUUGGGCUUCGCUGUAAGAACUGCAAAACUAACAUCCACGAGCACUGUCAGUCCUACGUGGAGAUGCAGAGAUGUUUCGGCAAGAUCCCCCCUGGUUUCCAUCGGGCCUAUAGCUCCCCACUCUACAGCAACCAGCAGUACGCUUGUGUCAAAGAUCUCUCUGCUGCCAAUCACAAUGAUCCUGUGUUUGAAACCCUGCGCACUGGGGUGAUCAUGGCAAACAAGGAACGGAAGAAGGGACAGGCAGAUAAGAAAAAUCCUCUAGCAGCCAUGAUGGAAGAAGAGCCAGAGUCUGCCAGACCAGAGGAAGGCAAAACCCAGGAUGGAAACCCUGAAGGGAAUAAGAAGGCCGAAAAGAAGACACCUGAUGACAAACACAAGCAGCCUGGCUUCCAGCAGUCUCAUUACUUUGUGGCUCUUUAUCGGUUCAAAGCCCUGGAGAAGGACGAUCUGGAUUUCCCGCCUGGAGAGAAGAUCACAGUCAUUGAUGACUCCAAUGAGGAGUGGUGGCGGGGGAAAAUAGGGGAGAAGGUUGGAUUUUUCCCUCCAAACUUCAUCAUUCGGGUCCGGUCUGGAGAGCGUGUGCACCGCGUGACCAGAUCCUUCGUGGGAAACCGCGAAAUUGGGCAGAUCACUCUCAAGAAGGACCAGAUCGUGGUCCAGAAAGGAGAUGAAGCCGGCGGCUACGUCAAGGUCUACACCGGCCGCAAGGUGGGGCUGUUUCCCACCGACUUCCUGGAGGAGAUUUAGGCGUGCCGGCUCCUGCGGACGGGAUAUACCCAGGCCCCAUUCUGGGCAGGCCCAGUGGAGGUUGGGGAGGAAAGGGGAGAAAGCAACUAUGCUGGAUGGGGGAGGGGAGGGAAAGCCCGCCGGAGCUAGACGGGGCUUCGGGUUAGGGACUGGUUCCUGCCCCCCUCCCCCAGCCUCGGGCUUUGGAUACCUGGCGGGCAGAGCCGCCUCACCUGCAGCUCCUCAGGCCCAGCCCUUGAGAGCUGGAAGAAGAAGAACGCGUCUCCACCAGGAGGCGCCCCGGGGGUGUGGGAGGAGAACAGUCGAACGCUGCGACUGUAUUAAAGUUUUGAAAAAAGUUA